AGCCCCGGAGCGGCGGCGGCAGCGCGGAGGCGAUGGCCGGGGCGGGAGGCGGCACCCCCGGCCGACGGAGCUCUGGGCGGGGCGGACGGGGCGUGUUUCCGGCCAGCUCAGCAGCCGCCUUCCGCUCCGCAGCGACGAGCGCCGGUAGCCGCGGAGAGGCCGCGCCGUCCCCCGCGAACAGCAGAGCCCCACCCGGGAGCGCGGAGACGGCUGCGAAGUGGAGCGGGAAGAAGCCGGAGAAGCGCCGCCGCCAUGCUGAGCGUGUUCCGCUCCAUCCCCACGCAGAUGGUGAUAUGGUCAAGCCUGCAGAGGAGGUGUUUUCAGCCACUCUAAGAAAAAUAAUUCAAAUCUGGUUUGAAAGUCGAACAAAAACGCUCAGAACCCAUGGUCAGGACUACAAGGGCCAAAAAUUAGCAGAACAGAUUUUUCAAGGAAUCAUUCUUGUCUCUGCAGUAAUUGGAUUCAUCUAUGGAUACAUCACUGAACAGUUUGGAUGGACUGUCUACAUAGUUAUGGCUGGAUUUGCUUUAUCAUGUUUGCUGACUCUCCCUCCAUGGCCCAUGUACCGCCGCAAUCCCCUCAAGUGGCUGCCUGUCCAGGAGUCGGGCACGGAAGAGAAGAAGGCAGCAGACAGGAAGCCAAAGAGACAUUCUAAAAGCUAAAAAUUAUGGUUCCAGGCUGUUACUUUGUUAAAUUAAUCCCCACUGAGAAUUCCCACUUCUUGGUUUAGUGUUUGGGUUUUUUCCUAGUACUUUGUAUAUUACUGUGAGUACAGCCAAGCUCUGCAGGGAGCAUGAAGGCUGGAAAUUGGGUCUGGAGUUUCAGGGGAGUCACUGGGAACACAGGGAUGGGGGGGAUUAACUUGAGAACGUUACUGGAGGUCACAUCUUGAGUAUUUCACUUAAAAGGAACACAGUGAAUCAAAUGAAUUCUAGUUAGGCUGUUGCCAUAGCCUAAAAGAUUAAUAAACAGGUGAACUUCUGAAAUGUUUCUAACUGCGCGUAAAACAAGUUGUCAGUAGUGUCAGGUUGUUACAAAUACUGUGAAAUGGUACAUACCCCACAGUUCUGAAAAUAGCUGUUCUAGGAUAGGAGGGUACAGAGGGCCAGUUUUUGUUUACAAUAAAUUUCCCUGGGAAGAACAAGUAAGAACAGCUCUUGAAACAUUGUAACUUGAGCAUGUAGUGUGUGAGAGGCAGCAGGAUCCCUAGGUAUGGUGCUUUAUUUUACUACUGUCAUAUAAGUAAGCUCCCUCAACAGCUGCUGGAGGUUACAGUAUUUCACCUACAGGCAGGAAAACAGACAGGUUUAUAAUUUUAUUUUACAAAUUCAAUUCCAUUUGACUUUUUUAUUAUUUAAAAAACAUGUGCUUUUCCGGUAGGUAUAGUACACAACAAUGCCUGGGGACUGUAGCAAGACACUCUGGAUGCAAACAAAGAGAAAUAAGUGUUCUGUCUUUUCCCUAAGAGAUUCUGGUCUUGGGCACUUUCAUUCCUAAAAGGAAUUAGUAUUUGUAAGGCAAAGGGAUUUCUCCAGCUGGAACCAUGGUAACCAUGGCUGCAUUCCUUUCAAACAUUUUCAGACUUAUUUUAUCCAGACACCAAAUGCUUUCCCCCACCUUGGUGACUGCCUCAGCAACAAAACACAAGAGCAAAGUCUCUCUUUACAAGCAGUAUAGCUGCCCCCUUCAGCACUCGGAAUUGGCAAUUUACACAACCUGAGGACCUCGAGUUCCACAAAAAUUAGUAAUUGUCCCUUCAUGGUAAAUUUUCACAACUAUUUGAGGUGAUAGAUUAUAGUUUAUCACAUCAGAGCCUUGGCAGAGAUUUUGUUACUGUAUUUAGUAUGAGACCAUACCAAAAACCUUUUGGUAUGACAAAUUCAAACGAGAACAUAAUCUUUUUUGACACUCCUUAGUAUACAAAACUUGGUAUCGACCCCUAUUUGCAUCUAUGGAAAGCAACUUCUUAAGAGAAUAAAAACUAAACUAAACUAAAGAGAAACUCAGAAGUUUCUCUUCUGAGAAAGUGAUAGCCUGGUUCACAUUUUAACAUGAAAAGUAUUACUACGAACUCUUAACAUUUUCUGCAAGUUCACCUCCUUAUUCCAGCAAAGGAGAUCAGUGGAUGAACAUACUUUGUAAGCUGGUCCAGUCUAUUAAAGGAGCUAGAAAACAGUUCUUUCCUCCAAGGAAAAUAUUCUGGUCAGAGCUUCACAUUUUCUUCGAGGAAUUUCAGGUGCCGAGCCUUCGCACUGUAACUCACGUAUUUGUCUCCCAUGUGCUCCCGCAACUGCAGCUGUUUACAACACACACACAGCAAAACCCAUAACAUUUACUGGCAUUGAAAAAAAGCAGAAGCUACCAAAAUAUUAACAGAAAAAUACCAAAGCACUCAGCUGAAAGAAGCAUGUGAAACUUGGCAAUGUGGAUGAGAGAGAAGAAAAAUGAACACUGUUGUUGUCUAAAAGCAAGAGACUUUCAAUACGUAAAAUAUAAGAUCUUCACAGGAUACAAAUCAAAUAUUGCCUGGGUAAGUGUAACCAAGUUUUGAAUCAAAGGAGCUGGAGAUAUUCCUUAUUCAACUCUAUUGGGAAUUGAUGUUAAAUUAUUUCUUAUUUUGGACAUAAGACGCAUGAGGCAAGUAAUGUGAAGGCAAACAUUUGAGAGAUAGAAGAAAUUAUUACUGGAGAAACAGCACAGAAUAAAAUUAUUUGCAUCCCUCACACCUUCCCGAUGGUACAAUACUAAAGCUCUGAUGGUUUCUGAAAAAGUUGCAUUUGAACAUAGUCUACAUCUAGAAUCAAACUUAAGCAUGAAAAUUACAAUAUACUUAGGUCCUUGCCUGCCCAUGACUACAUAAAGACUUUCUGGAAUCAAGGUUUACCCUAACUCAAUAGGAUAAAGAGCCUGCUAAUUUAUCUAGGUUUAUAAAGAAAUUAAACUAUUUUAUUAUGGAAGACAUUCACCUCUCUUUUCACUUCAUCAUCUUCUUCCAUGAUUCUGUACACCUUCUCAAGAAGUUUCACUCCCAAUCCUUGCACCACAUCAGAUCUCAGGAUUUCAACCAUUCUCCUAAUUUUGUAAGGGACCAAUGACAUGUCUAUUAAAAAUAAAAUACAAUGAAAAAAUCA